AUGGAAGGAGGUGAGAAUGAACCGUUGCUCGAAAUUAACCCGUCAAGCCCCAUCAUCCCUAAUCAAGACCACGAGACAAAAUCUUCUGCUAUCGUUAUGGUAGGAGGUGAGAAUAUAGGUGCCCCGAGGGCUGGUAUGGAAUUCAAAGAUAUAAACAGCGUCUUUGAUUUCUACAAAAAGUAUGCUUACAGUGUCGGUUUUCCUGUGAGAAAAAGAAAUUCGAGAAAGGAUGAUGAUGGCAUUUUACGAUAUGUUACUUUCACAUGUAGUCAUGAAGGAAAAAGAAUGAGUGGCACAAGAGGCUCAUUGAGGUCGCAACCAACAACUCAGACAGACUGCAAAGCUCGAAUCUCGGCAUCUUUAGAUGAUCAUGUCCUUAUCCGUAAUGACGUCUCUAGACUUCCUGAUCAAUAUAUAUUACAUAGAUGGAGAAAAGAUGUCAGGCGACCAUACACGAGGAUUGCUUUGAAAUAUGACGGAUUGAGGAAUUCUCCGGGACAAUUGAGGUAUGACAAUUUGUGCACAGUUUUUGCUAAGGUCGCAGACCUUGAUGAAGAUAAUGAAGUUCGAGCCGGAAUGAUUAUGGAAUGGAUCCAAUUGCAAGCACAAGAACUUUCUAUGUUAAAACAUAUUGAUGAAAGAAGUAUUUGCAACGAUCCUGCUAGUUUCAAAACUCCAUGUAGCAUUGGCGUUGGAGAUCCGAAGUUGACAAAAAGAAAGGGCGCAACAAGAAAAGUACGCAAAAAAAGUCCGUUGGAGUUGACUUCGAAUAAGAAAAAGAAGAAGAAUGAGGCGCCUUCAAUUAAUAGAGGAAAAGGACUUACAAAAGAGUUAAUCAAGCAAACAAAUGAGCCAAAGAUGUUGGCAUUGGAUACUGGAGUUGAAUUUGAGGUGCAAAAUCAAUCUUCUAUGGAGUUAAAUUCUCGAGUUAUUCAAUCUUAUGUCUUUUUUUUUUUAGGUAAUAAUGUGAUUCAAUAUUGCAACCAGUAUUCACCAUAUCAAAUGGGGAAUGGGAGUGUUUGA